AUGCCUGUAGCCUGUAGCGUGUGCACCGCGUGUCGCGACUUUCUCCUACCCCAACGCAGCUGCUGCUAACAGCUGCUUAUACCCACCGCCAACCAACGCACUCACUGCAUGGCAUCUGCGAUAAUGUGUUUCGGACGCAAACCCUCCACCGCCGACCCGGAAGCCAGGAAGAAUGCCGAGAUUGAAAAGAACCUGCGGGUCGACCGCAAGAAGGCGGAGCGCGAAGUGAAGUUGUUGCUGCUUGGCGCCGGUGAAAGUGGAAAGUCGACCGUCCUGAAGCAGAUGCGCAUCAUCAAUGCCGGUGGUUUCCAAAGCAUGGAGCGCAAGACAUGGCGAGCCACCAUCUUUAACAACCUCGUCUCCGCCUUCCAGACCAUCUACGCCGCCAUGCAGGAAGACGACACUGACUUUGAAGAUGAAGACAACAUUCGAUAUUCCGAAAUGGUCAACGCUGCGCCUGACAUUGGUACCGAGGAGCCCAUGCCCGAGGAGUUUCUCACAGCCUUCAAUUGCCUAUGGGCAGACAAGGGCGUCCAACUCACCAUCCUCAAGGGCAACCAAUAUGCACUGCACGACAACCUGAAUUACUUCUUUCAAGACAUCGACCGCCUGUUUCAAAAGGACUUUCUCCCCACAGACCAAGACAUCCUCCGCACCCGCUUACGUACAACGGGUAUCUCCGAAACCAUCUUCGAACUCGGUAAUUUGACUUACAAGAUGGUCGAUGUUGGUGGUCAACGGUCCGAGCGAAAGAAGUGGAUCCACGUCUUCGACAACGUCCAGGUCGUUCUGUUCCUAGUUGCCAUUAGCGGAUACGACCACGUGUUGGUUGAAGACAGGAAUGGCAACCAAAUGCACGAAGCGCUAAUGCUGUUCGAAUCCAUAUCAAACUCCAAGUACUUUGAAAAGUCGGCCCUCAUCCUCUUCCUCAACAAGAUCGACCUCUUCGCCGAGAAGAUUGCAGGAGGCAUGAGUCCCAUCAGCAAGGUUUUCCCAGACUACACCGGCGGACCCACCGAUUUCGAAGCCGGAAAGGACUUUUUCGCAAACAAGUUCCGCAACCUGGUACGACAACCAAAGAAGGAGGUCUACGUCCAUUACACAAACGCCACCGACACCAACUUGUUGAAGAUCACCAUGGCGUCGGUACAGGACAUGAUUGUACAGCGCAACCUCAAUGCCCUGAUACUAUAAUAAUGAGCGGUCGCUACGCGCACAGCGAUUUUCGCGGCCAUCACAGCAUCCCAAUAACCGGCUGAAACGCUCGCCCACGCGAGAGCAAAGCGGAGCGUAUGUCAGUUGUUGAUCGACGCCUACUCAGAAGAGGUACAUUGAGUAGGACCGGCAUAGCAACGGACUUUUUAGUGGAAGUGAAGAAGACGACUUCCACGGCCCUUUUCUAUUUUAUACCCUCGAUAUCCCCUUCUUCUUCACAUUCUUCUCUUCUUCUUUUGUUGGCCGUUGUUCUAUAACGAUCUGACGACAUAAUUUCUCCUUUUGUCAGAUACGGCAAGCGCAUCUGCAUCUGUAGAUUGGCAGCAUGCAGGUUCGGAUACAGACACGCCCCGUUCACAAGCGGGUAACCAGCUGACAAAUUCUGCAUGUAGCGUCCCAGAAAGGGCAUUAGUUUGCAAUUUUGUAUGCAUGAGCAUUCUGAGGGUGGUAGCCGCCCUGCUUUUUUCCAAAGCCUAGCGAAAGGGUACAGAAUGCAGUAUGUCCGAUUGGCAGGGUGGACAGGGUAACAUGGGGUUGAAGGACGCUAGCUACGAGCAAAAUGCUGUUAAUACGUUCAGGAUACGCGAUGUUAGGUAGAAAUAAAAAGAAGACAUGAGGCCCCCU